CUACAACCCACAAAACCCAACAAUAACGACACGAUCUCUCAAAUCGACGUAAUCGAAUCCCUUCACACGACUGCUGGCAGGAGUACUUCGACGAACCACGUUGCGCACGAACCACUUGAAAGCCCUCGCACACCUCAACACGACCGCAGCAGCUCUACUCGCCCAGCGCAAACAAUCGCGCACGCCGCUCUACGCCCUCCAACACCCACAGGCAUACAAAUCGCACAUCCUUCAUCAUGGCGCGUAAUUCAGAGAAGGCGCAUUCGAUGCUGUUCCGCUUCCGCGCCGCACAAGCCGCCGAAGCAGGCAUCAUCGACAUCUCGCGCACGCGCCGCCCAAAGCUGAUCACAUCCGUGACGUCGAUCCCCGUGUGCGAAAAAUGGCGCGGCCAGGUGCUCAAGGAGAUCAGCCGCAAGGUGACCAAGAUCCAGGACGAGGCGCUGUCCGACUACCAGAUCCGCGACCUCAACGACGAGAUCAACAAGGCCAUGCGCGAGAAGUACAUGUGGGAGAAGCAAAUCAGAGAUCUGGGCGGUCCGAAUUACAUGCGCGGCGGGAGAGUGCUGGACGAGGAGGGUAGAGAGGUGCCUGGUGGUGGGAAGGGGUACAGGUAUUUUGGGCGCGCGAAGGAGCUGCCGGGCGUCAAGGAGCUGUUUGAGCGGCAGGAGAGGCCCGAGGAUGACGAUGGUGCGCGCAAAGGCGGUGAGAAGCGGAGCGAGCUGAGGCAGAAGGUGGAUGCUGGGUAUUACGGGUACAAUCUCGACGAAGAGGAUGGCACAUUACUGGCGUAUGAGGCGAAGAAGGAGAAAGAGGCCUGGGACAGCUUUCUGGCUCUCCCGGACGAUCUCGAUCUGAAGCCGGGUAAGACGCAAAGGGACUGGAUUGAGCUGCCGGGUGAUGCGGGAGAUGGCGUGCGCUGGCACGUGCCGACACUCGAGGAGGUCAACGAUGAGUUGGUCGAGCGAAGAAGGCGGAGGCUGCUUGAGAAGCUGGGCUGAUCAAUCGCUUAUGAGCUUGGGUGGCAAGGCGACUAGGACGCUUGUAAUAACACGAUCGUAUGAGGCAGAGUGCAGUACCACUCACGCAUAUGACUAUGCAGCCAUUCUAUAUCCAGUAAUUGGGAGGGUACGAAUACCAGCACUCACCAUGUAAUGAGAUACAUGAAUGUAUUUCGUGCUACGUACUAUCAUGAGAAAUCAAAAUUGGCGAAGGGCUGCCUCGAACGAUGCAAAAC